AAGAAACCCCACAAUGUUGUAUCACGUUUGGUAUCCCAGAAAAUGAAGCCAACUGAGCUUAAAUCAAACUGAGCCGUAUACGGGUUUCAGCUUUUUUCUAACAAGGGGUGUAGAAAGGGCGUUUAGUCUGAUUUCGGGAAAUAUUAGUCUUAAGUGGAAGAGCACAUUGCAGAGCAAAAAUGUGUAGAGUAUGGGUUCAUCUAGUGAGCAUUGUGCUGUUAUGGUGGUGGAUAGCCAUAGCAGAAGCAGAGUAUAUAAAAUACAAAGACCCCAAGCAGCCAUUGAAAGUCCGAAUUACUGAUCUUAUGAGUCGGAUGACUUUGGAAGAGAAGAUUGGUCAGAUGGUUCAGAUCGAUAGGAUUGUUGCCACACCUGAGAUAAUGAAGAAUUACUCCAUUGGGAGUGUAUUGAGUGGUGGUGGGAGUACACCGCUGCCAGAGGCUAGUGCUGCAGAUUGGGUCAAUAUGGUGAACAUGUUUCAAAAGGGCUCCCUAUCUACCCGUCUGGGGAUUCCAAUGAUUUACGGAAUCGAUGCUGUUCAUGGGCACAACAAUGUCUAUAAUGCUACUAUAUUUCCCCAUAAUAUUGGGCUUGGAGCUACCGGGGAUCCUGAAUUGGUGAGGAGGAUUGGUGCUGCAACUGCACUUGAAGUUAGAGCUACAGGGAUUCCUUAUAUCUUUGCUCCCUGCAUUGCGGUUUGUAGAGACCCAAGAUGGGGUCGCUGUUAUGAAAGCUAUAGUGAGGACCACAAAAUUGUCGAAGAAAUGACAGAUAUCAUAUUGGGUUUACAAGGAGAAGUUCCAGCUGGAUCCCGAAAGGCAGUUCCAUAUGUUGGUGGAAAGAACAAGGUUGCAGCUUGUGCAAAGCACUUUGUGGGCGAUGGUGGUACAACCAAGGGCAUUAAUGAGAAUAAUACAGUGAUUGACAUGCAUGGUUUACUAAGCAUCCACAUGCCUGCCUAUGCUGACUCAAUUUUUAAGGGUGUCUCAACAAUCAUGGUUUCAUACUCCAGCUGGAAUGGGAUAAAGAUGCAUGCCAACCACUAUCUAGUUACUAGAUUCCUCAAGGAAACCCUCAAGUUCAAGGGUUUUGUUAUUUCAGAUUGGGAGGGCAUUGACAGGAUUACCUCACCACCUCAUUCGAACUACUCAUACUCUGUCCAAGCUGGGAUUCAAGCUGGUAUUGACAUGGUCAUGGUGCCCUUCAACUAUAUUGAGUUCAUUGAUGAUCUUACAUACAUGGUCAAACACAAAAUCAUACCAAUGGAGCGAAUUGAUGAUGCAGUGGGGAGGAUUUUACUAGUCAAGUUCACCAUGGGUCUUUUUGAGAAUCCUUUGGCUGAUCUUAGCCUAGUCAACGAACUUGGAAAACAGGAGCAUAGAGAUUUGGCGAGGGAAGCAGUGAGGAAAUCACUUGUGCUGCUAAAGAAUGGGAAAAAUGCAAAUGAUCCAUUGUUACCCCUUCCUAAGAAGACAUCAAAAAUCCUAGUUGCUGGUACCCAUGCUGAUAAUUUGGGUUAUCAAUGUGGUGGGUGGACAAUCAAUUGGCAGGGAUUUAAUGGUAACAACUAUACAAGUGGAACUACCAUCCUUGGUGCCAUAACAUCUACAGUUGACCCAAGCACAAAGGUUGUCUACCGUGAGAACCCUGAUGGCGACUUUGUGAAGUCCAACAAUUUUGCUUUUGCUAUUGUUGUUGUUGGUGAGUACCCUUAUGCUGAGAGUAUAGGGGACAGCGUGAGCCUCACAAUGGUGGAUCCUGGCACAAAUGUCAUCAGUAAUGUUUGCAAAGCAGUCAAGUGCGUUGUUGUUAUAAUCUCUGGCAGACCGGUCGUGAUUGAACCAUAUAUGUCCUUAAUUGAUGCCCUGGUGGCUGCAUGGUUGCCUGGCACUGAAGGGCAAGGCUUGACGGAUGUCCUAUUUGGGGACUAUGGAUUCAGUGGAAAGCUUUCACGAACAUGGUUCAAAAAUGUUGAUCAGCUCCCCAUGAAUGUUGGGGAUUCACACUAUGAUCCCCUCUUCCCUUUUGGGUUUGGACUCGCUACAAAGACGGUUGUGGCAAGGUCUACUUCAGCUGGUGUUGGUGGAAGGCCACAUCUCUUUACCAUUAUGGCUAUGGUAUUCAUCAGUUUGUAUCUCGGUAUAACUCUGGACUGAAACAGCUCUGAAUAAGUUAGCUGUAUGUGAAACAGCUUUGGUAUGUACCAGUGACAAUCUCUUUUCCUUAGUUGACCAAAUUUUGGCUCUUUUGAGAGGUUGAGAUUUAAUUACCGCUGACAAUGGUAGAUCUCAUGCUACAAGACAUUAAAUUACUUUGUUAUUGCCUACCCUGAUAGUGGUAAUGAAUAGCUUAGAUGCAUUUGGUGCUUUUCUUCCA